AUGUGCAGCGGACUCACCACCUACAUGGCUUACGAAGUUCAUGCUUCCCAAGGACCCCAGGUGAAUCUGGGAUCAUGCGUUACCCUCGAUGUCCUGAGAGUUGUGGAUCUGAGAUACUGCAGUGGCAAUGACCAGUCUCAGCAGACGGAUCACAAUUGCCACAUGUCUGGUGGUUGUGUGUUUCAAAAUCUGACUCUAAGUAGUCAAACACGUGUCGUGGUUAUUGAGCAAAGGAGCAACCAUUUGUCAUGGAAAACCAUCUGGAACUACAAUAAGGGUAUCAUUGCAACCAAAGUGGUGCAAGAGGGCACUUGCUAUAUUUCUUCCAUGAACAAAAAUGUUMUGCCCAGCUUUGAAAAUCUGGUCCACCUGGCUUCAGAGAACGGGUUCGGCCCACCGAAUAAGAAGAUCACCUUUGUCACCAAUGGAUUGGUCAACAACCUCAGCUCUUAUGGAGCCGAUGUCUUCUCUAUGUGCAGCGGACUCACCACCUACAUGGCUUACGAASUUCACGUACCCCAGCAGAAUCUCGGAUCAUGUAUUUCACUUGCUGUSCUCAAACUUGUGGACCUGAAUUAUUGUCGUGGUAGUAUCAAGGCCUGA